ACCCAAAGAAAAUUCGAGCGGAAAGAAAGUGGAAAUUAAAGAUGAAUAUUGUGCGUCCCACCUCGAGUUGUGUCCUGAUGUUUGUUUUAUUAUGGUCAGUAUUAUUGUUAGAAUCUAACGUCAUUGCAGCCAAAAAGUUCUUUGGCAAAUCAAGAAAACAACUCUCUCAUUUUGAUAAGCAUGUCGUUGCCACUAUUCAGACUAUCCAGGGAGACACAUAUAAUUGUGUGGAUUUUUACAAACAACCAGCAUUUGACCAUCCUUUAUUGAAAAAUCGUAGAUUUGAUUAUCAGUUGAACUCUUCGUUACAAGGCUUUAAAGUAAGAGCAGCCGAAUCAGACUCAUUUGGUAGCGAACCCUCAGACAUAUGGUUAAAUGGUAAAGGAUGUCCAAUUGGAACAGUGCCAAUUAGAAAAACUACAAAAACGGAUUUACUCAAAGCAAAUUUAGAUGCUGCCGUUACAUCAAACGACAAUUCGGGCAUUCGUGUUGCGGUACUCAGGUCUACUGGGGACAAAAGAUAUCGUGGAGCCGGAAUGUACACUAGUGUAUAUAAUCAUGACGUUCAAGGCAAUCAAUACACUUCUAGUCGUUUCAAAUUGAAUAAUGGUCCUGAUAGUAUUGCAGUUGGAUGGGUAGUUAAUCCGAGCCUAUACCAUGAUACAAACACUCGACUUUUCAUCUACACAAUUACAAAGGAUGUGCAUUGCUACAACACCUACUGCCCUGGAUUUGUGGUGACGAAUCAUGAAAUACCAUUGGAUGUUAUUCUUUCUCCUGUUUCCAGACGAGGUGGACCAAUAUAUGAAAUAAAAUUCUUUAUUAUGAAGGAUCAUUACAGUGGAGAUUGGGUUCUCAUGUUUGGAAAUCAUGAUAAGGUUUUGGGAUUUUGGCCGAGGGACAUUUUCACUGGAUUAGCAGGUUUUGCUAACUACGCGGAAUGGGGAGGAGAAAUUUACAGUCCUCCAGGUACUGUCACUCCACGAAUGGGAUCUGGUUGCCGACCUUAUGGAGACCCAAAGCUC